UACGUGUUGAAUGUGACACCCGAUUUGCCAAACGAGUUUGAGAAAUUGGGCAUUAUCAAAUAUCUGCAAAUACCCAUUACCGAUCAUUAUUCGCAGGAUCUGGCGAUGCAUUUUCCAGCUGCCAUACACUUUAUAGAGGAAGCGCGCUCUGCUAAUUCGGCGGUGCUGGUCCACUGCCUGGCAGGUGUCUCGCGCUCCGUAACGGUGACGUUGGCCUAUUUGAUGCACACACGGGCGCUCAGUCUGAACGAUGCGUUCAUGCUGGUGCGUGCUCGCAAAGCGGAUGUCUCGCCCAAUUUCCACUUCAUGCAGCAGCUGCAAUCCUUUGAGAGCCAACUGCGCCUGAGUCCCUGCGAUGGCCAGGCGAUGGAUGAGAGCGGCAGCGUUAAUAUGAUUGGACCCACAGCUGGCUGCUCCUCGGCCACGGUGCUCUCGGGCAAUCCCGGCCUGGUGGCGCGCUGCGGCCGUGGCUCGAAAUUCUCAUGCAAUUGCAUCGCUCCCGACUGCAAGUGCAUGCAAACGGGCGGGUUUAUGGCCGCGCAUCUGGCCAAGGCAACUGGCGUCUCACCCGAUUCGGGUAUUGAGUUUGACCGCUGGACGCCAUCGUCGGACACGGGUCUUAAAUGAGAUCAGUGUGCGGGAAAGAGUUUUGUGCUGCCCCCCAGUCAGAGUCAGGAAUCGACAGCAGCAGCAGCAGCAGCAGCAGUGGCAGCAAUGGCGGCAGUCGCAGGAGCAACCAGUUCGCCGCCACCGAUUGGGCUGGCGUGCGGCAACGCUGACAACAUGUCACCAGCCAGCACCACCAGCUCAUCCACUUCAACAACGACCACGGCCGAGGCUGUCUCAGUGGUGGAGCUGGUGCCAGCCAAUGUGGUGCCAGCCGAGGCGACAAGUGAGGAGCCGUAAUAGCUGGGAGCUAAGCAGAAGGCAAAACUUCUUUUCCUACUUUGGUUGU